CCCAAUAGUUAGCUCCCUUAUGUAAACAAAUAUGGCGGACUCAGAUGAUAACUCGACUGAAUACGAACAAAUUCCAUCGCAUAUUAUUGUUCAGAAACAACUUCAAGACUUGAUUGCCAUCCAGAAGGCUCGGGUUGCAAGAUUGGAACAAGAUGUGUCAAUGAAUAAUGAAACAUUAAGAGACAGCUAUAUUCCAAAAGAGCAGUAUGAAACUGAGCUCAGCUCCUUACAGGAGAGUUUAAGAAGUGAUUAUGUACCAAGAGAGCAUUAUGAAAUGGCAGUGAAACAGCUUGAGGAGGAGAAGAUGGAGCAUGCACAGACAAAGUUGAAAUUAAAUGAAGUAGUUGACAAGCUUGAGGAGGCCAUGGCUGAAAUAAACAAUUUGAGGGAGCAAGUCCAGCAACAGAAAGUUACACAUGAGAAAACGAAAGGUGCCCUUAAAAGCAAACAUAUGCAAGAAACAGCAAAAUCCAUGAAAUUACAGUCAAAGUGCUCAGAAUUUUCUCGAACUUGCGAGAUGCAGGAGGAAAUAUUAAAUUCCAAAAAUUCUGAAAUUAAAGAUUUAGAACGGAAAUUACAAGAGCAGCAAAGUUUAUACAAGAAAGAAAUUACUGAAGCAGAAAUAGAGAAGAAACAACAGAGAUACAUUGCUAAAAUGAUGGAAGAACAAGAAAGAAAAAAUUCUCGAACUUCUCACCAGGCUGUACCAAAAACAAAAUCAUUCAAAAGAUGAUGUAUGAAUGUGAAGUGAUAAUUAACUAAUAACAAAUACACAAAACGUGACAGAAAUAGUUAUAAUGAAAAUAGCUUUAUAAGCCACAUAUUAAAAUUGUGAUAAAAAAAAACUUUGUCUGUGAUAUGAAAUAUAGAAGUGAACAGUGUUGUACUUAUUAUAUGUCAUGGCAACUUGUGCGACUGUAAUUACCAGAGGUGUUAAAUUGUGUUGAUUUUUACGUCACAUGUGUGCUUUAGAGUUCAAAUGUGCUCUUAGGCUACAGCACAUGAUUAGAUGACAAAGAUGACUUGACAGUGCUUUAUUGAAUAUCAUUCCAGGCGGCACAGACUUGCACUUGUGUGAAACCAUGAACCAUAAUUUCAGGCACUAAAUUGAACUUUGGUAAAAUCAUGGAGCUAGCGAAACCAUUAAAAUGUUCAAAUGGAUGAAUUAUUAAUGCUAACAUGUUACGAAUUUAAUAUGCCGCUGUUGAUGUCAUAAAGCAAUUCUACAGUG